AUGCCAGUCAACAACAUAUCACUCAACACGAGAAUCAAGCCGGCCUGGUCGGUCUUCACGUCUCCCGGCUCUUUAGAGCAACUGUACAACGAGAGGGCAUACCUCAACGCUUCUCUCAGGGGCCAGGGCGAGCGCUCGUUCGAGCUCAUGAGAAGGCUCACCAUCUUGCACGAGCAGAUGGACAGCUUCUUGCCAUCCGACGAGCGUCGAAGGUCUCGAAAGAAAGCCGCCUUGAUCAAGAGCAAGAUCACGGAAGCCGCCGCACAGGAGAAAGCGAUUUCCAUCCGACUCUGUGAUAUCAAUGCGGAGCUCAACAUCCGAGAACGAUGGAUGCAGGUUCAACACGAAAUCUAUGAGCAAAGAUAUUGCUACUGGGCCAUGGAAUCACCCGUGACCGGUUACAUGGCAUCGCCAACGGACCUAGCCUCGGUCAUCUCCACGCCGCUCGAUGCCGCCUCGCCCGUCUUCUUCCCGCCAUGCCCGAACGGCUGA